AUGAGCGAGGGCCGCCUGCAGUGCUCUGGCAGCAGCUUGUUCCUGAAGUCGCGGUUGGGACUGGGUUACAACAUGACGAUGUCUCUCACACCAGACGCUGACGUUGGGGAGUUGAGUGAGACCGUGCGGUGUUUCGUCGAUGGAAGUACACUGCUAGGCGUCAAUGGCUGUGAAGCCUCUUAUCUUCUCCCCCUUUCACAGGUCGAUGUGUUUUCUGAUCUUAUUGAUGAGAUUGAGGCAGAUAAAGACGCUUACGGUGUCCGCGGCUACUCCAUCUCGGCGACGACGCUUGAAGCAGUCUUCCUCCUCGUCUCAGGUAGCAGCCUUCGUGAGCCGCAACUGGGUGGGUCUGUCUUGGUGGAACGCGAAGACGAUGAUAUGCUGUACGAAGGCUCCGUGUGGAACUGUGACUUUGUAGAGGGCGGUGCUGCUGUGCGGAGCUCUCAGGCACGUGCAAUGUUUGUGAAGCGUUUCUGUAAUGGGCUGCGUGACCGCCGCAUGCAGUUCUUCCAGAUUGUUUGUCCUGUCGGGUGCAUCCUCUUUGCGAUCCUCCUAAACAUGAUUGAUUUCUCCGGGGCGAUGCGGCUCAGCCUUGAUCCCAGCCUCUACGGAUCAGAUGUAAUGAUGACGACAUCCGGGUGCGAAAAUCUUCUGGUCGACAACUUCUUCAAUGGUGGGGUGGACGAGAAAGGGUAUUUGAACGCCCAAAACCUUUCGUGGUAUCUCGUCGACACGUGGCACACCCACCCGUACGAGCAGUACGGUGCGCUGUUUUGCAACGACGCCGACCUCUUAAGCCACACGAGUGGGUUGAGACCGAUGGUGCACUUGUACAACACGUCAACAUUCCACCAGGCAGGCAUAAGCAUGACGGUCUUUUUCAACUCCAUCUACAGAAAUCUGAUCUCUCCACCACUGACAGGCAACAAAUCCAUGAAGUGGGGCGUCAGUGUUUUCCCUCCGACCGAGUGGGAGCGUCGGUCGAAGGACGCGCUCAAGACGAUAUUGAUGGGUGCGAUUAUUAUGAUUCCUUUUACUUUUUUACCCUCCAACCCGGUUGCGUGGGUUGUGAAGGAGCGGGAAUGCAAAGCGCGCCACCUGCAGAACGUGUCUGGGCUGCGGUUCUACGUUUAUUGGGGCACAAACUUCGUGUUUGACGUUGUGGCGUACGUCGUCACGAUGCUACUCACUAUUAUCAUCUUCUUGAUAUUCAAUCGCCAGGAGUACGUUGCGGUGGAUCGCAUAGGCCCAACUAUCACCCUUCUUCUUACAUACGGAUUUACAAGCACGUCUUUGGGCUACUUGAUCAGCUUCCUCUUCAACGAGCACUCGACUGCACAGAUGGUUGUGAUGGCGGUGAGCUUUGUGACAGGGUUCCUCCUCGUGAUGGUUGUCUAUAUCUUAUCUUUGCUUCCCGGUACCUCCAGCGUAGCUCACUCAUUUCGCUUUUUCGCUCGUGUCCUUCCGACCUUCUGUGUCGGUGAGGGAGUUGUCAACCUUGCCAUACUCGAUAUCGCACCGUUGUUGGGAUGGAAUUGGACACCAUGGGGCAUGGAAACAAUCGGUUGGGCGUGUAUCUAUAUGGCUGCAGAGUUCCCUGUAUUUUUUUUCCUCACGCUUUUCAUUGACCACCCCAGUCGGCGCAGGCUGGGGCACCAGCUGUCGUACAAGCGGCAAGAGACCCCCGAGAUACCGUUUGAUGAGGACUCUGACGUGGAGGCGGAACGGGAAAGGGUACAAAGCCUUGAGGGUGACGAGACAGAAUCGCCAGUGAGCGUGAUAAACCUGCGCAAGGUGUACGGAAAUGGGAAGGUCGCCGUGAGGAACCUGACGUUUGGUGUGAAGCGCGGGGAGGUGUUUGGAUUUCUUGGNCCCUAUUCUGUUUCUCGCGGCUGA